AUGGCAGGCAGCGAGUACUGGUCCUUCUUCCGUACCCCUUCCCAGAUCGAAACUACUGAGAAAGUUCCCGCCUUCGUCGACACUUUCUACAACCUCGUCACCGACAUCUACGAAUGGGGAUGGGGCCAAUCAUUUCACUUCUCCCCUUCCUUGCCGGGGAAAUCCCACCGCAACGCCACCCGAUUAGCUAAAAAAUCAAGCCCAGAAGUCGAAUCCUCAAGCUGGGUGCGGGGUCGGCGGGCAGGUGAAAAGAGCUUGCAACCAUAA